AUUUGAUCGGUCGUAGAACGGCCACACCGCCGUGCAUUUUCAUACUGAGUCGCUUGUCGUGUUGGAAUUUAAAGCAUAAAAUUAGGCAGUCAUUCCCAAGAUGAGCGCCUCCAAGGAGGGCAAGGAAAAGAAGAUCAAGAUUCAGGGAGUGGAGAAUAUUUCGCCGCCCAAGGACAAGCGACCGGCCACCAGGAUGAAGCUCCUGAACGACGUAGGAGCUGGUGGAGAUCCCGAGGCCACUACCACCAAAUCAAAAAUUCCCCCAGCUAAGCAGGAUAAACGCGGAAGUCAGACACGCAUAAAAAUACUCAAUGAGGAAAUACUGGCCACUCCAAAAGCGGAAAAAAGAGGCGCCAUUAAGACCUCAAGUCCUGCCACCUCCUCCGUCAAGAUCCUUAACGAGAAAAGGGCAGCCAGCUCCACUGUAACGGCCGUGGAAACUGCCAAAAUCAAGGCUUCGCCUAGUAAAAAAAAGAAAAUGGAUCACUAUGUACUUCAGGCUGUAAAAACCGAAAACAGCAAAACGGUCACGGCGGUGACCGAAAAUGAUGAGGAUACAAUUGCUUUUAUUCUGGCCGAAGAUGAGGAAGUGGUGCCCGGAAGGAUUGAGGAAACCAAUGGCCAAGAGAUCGUUGUUACCGAGGGUGACGAGGACGAAGAAAUGGACGAUGAGGAUGGGGAGGAUUCCAAAAGCAACUCCAACCAGGGGGUAAAGAUCAAGGAGAUCGUGGAGCAUGUGUGCGGCAAGUGCUACAAAACCUUUCGCCGGGUUCAGAGUCUGAAGAAGCAUUUGGAGUUCUGUCGCUACGACAGUGGCUAUCAUCUGCGCAAAGCGGACAUGCUCAAGAACCUGGAGAAGAUCGAAAAAGAUGCCGUUGUGAUGGAGAAGAAGGAUAUCUGCUUCUGCUGCAGCGAAAGCUACGACACCUUCCAUCUGGGCCACAUUAACUGUCCCGACUGUCCGAAAUCGUUCAAGACACAGACCAGCUACGAGCGACACAUCUUCAUUACCCACUCCGAGUUCAGCGAUUUUCCGUGCUCCAUCUGCAACGCCAACCUGCGCAGUGAGGCGUUGCUGACGCUGCACGAGGAGCAGCACAAGUCGCGUGGCAAGCCAUACGCCUGCAAGAUCUGCGGCAAGGACUUCACGCGCUCCUACCACUUGAAGCGCCAUCAGAAGUACUCCUCGUGCUCGUCAAACGAGACCGAUACCAUGAGCUGCAAGGUGUGCGAUCGUGUCUUCUAUCGCCUGGACAACCUGCGAUCGCAUCUGAAGCAGCACCUUGGCACGCAAGUGGUGAAGAAGCCGGAGUACAUGUGUCACACGUGCAAGAAUUGUUUCUACAGUCUGUCCACGCUCAACAUUCAUAUACGCACCCAUACCGGAGAGAAACCCUUCGAUUGUGAUCUUUGCGACAAGAAGUUCUCCGCCUUGGUGGCCCUUAAAAAGCAUCGUCGCUAUCACACUGGCGAGAAACCCUACAGUUGCACAGUGUGCAACCAAGCCUUUGCCGUGAAGGAGGUGCUCAAUCGACAUAUGAAGCGUCAUACUGGAGAGCGUCCGCACAAGUGCGAAGAGUGUGGCAAAAGCUUCAUCCAGGCCACCCAGCUGCGCACCCAUUCCAAGACCCAUAUUCGCCCUUUUGCCUGCGAUCAGUGCGAGGAGAAGUUUAAAACAGAGAAGCAACUCGAGCGCCAUGUGAAGGAUCACUCGCGCACAAAGCGUCCCGUCUUUUCCUGCACUGAAUGCAAGCGUACUUUCCGCACCACAGCUCUCCUUAAGGAGCACAUGGACGAGGGCAAACACAGCCCGAAACAACAACGUCCCAAGCGCUCGUCCACCAAAAUGAUGGAGCGUACAGAUUGCGCAAUUUGCGAUAAGAACUUCGACAGUAGUGAAACCCUGCGCAGGCACAUUCGCACCGUGCACGAGUGCGAUCCGGAUGACAUUUUCGGCGUUGAGCCUCAGUCUGUGAAGCGCGCAAAGAAGGCCAAAUUGUCUGGUAUAGAAGUGGAUGAUGUUGUACCAGUGGCGUUGAAUACUUCGGCGGGUUCGUUAAUUUCCAGUCAAACGGAUGGCAACGGCGUGGUGGUCCGCGAGUUCUUGGUGGACGAAGGGGAUGGCACUGCCCAGACUAUUACGCUGGAGAACGAAAUAUACACAAUUCUGCCUUUGGACGGGGCCGUCGAGGAAGAGCAGCUGACGGACGAAGCUGCAGUGAAGCCCGAAGACAAAAAGGAUGAGGCAAAGGUCUCGCCGGUCAAAAAAGAGCAGCGCAAAUCACUGGGCGCCAGUUUGGCGGCUGCCAUUGCCGAUAAUCUGGAGGAUGCCUCAAGCGAGGAUGAUGUCACCGGUGAAAUUCUAACUGACGAAGAUCUAAGGCUCAAGGAGAACGUGGGCAAGCUGAUUGACAUGCUGGUGGACCCACCCAUCUUAAAGAAAUACGGCUGGCCCAACGCCCCCGAGGAAAUGGUGCUCUGCAAGGUGAUCGAGAACUGUGGCCACGAUUUGACCAAAGGUGCUGAAAAUUACGCUGAACUAGACUACGGUAGCCGGAUGCGCGAAUAUUGCAAACUACUCUUCACCGUGGUCAUUCAUAACGAUUCCAUCAAGUCCCUCCUCAACAAUUUCCCCAUCGACGACGUCAUCGAAUAUGUGCUGGGAGAUGAGGACUCGGAGGAGGUAGGGUUAGGCAAGGACAAACGAAAUGAUAAGGAGUCAAUCACAGAGGAUGAUGAACCGGAGACAAUAACAGGAGAUGCUGAAAAAGAGCCGGUCCCAGCGAAAGUAGACAACAAGACUACCGCAGUGGAAACUGAAAAGGAGUCGAUCGCAGAAGAAAAGAAAAAAACGAUCCCAGCGGAAACCGAAGAAGAAAAGGUUUAACUUUUCGUUAUUCAAUGCGUAAUUCAAAUUGCAUGCUAUUAGCGCACAAUGUUUUUUAAAGAAUUCGGGAUGAAAUAUUAAUAGGGCGUGCAUAGUGAACGACAGGUUUAUACUCGACUACAUAAAUUUGUAGGCUCGACUUUAUUUUUAUUAUAACAAAACUAGUUUUAAGAACUUUGGUUUCGGUUCAAACACCAAGUGACCUUAUAAAAGAAACUUACCGUCUGUUAUUGAAUUGUUCGAUUUAAAUACACAUUUACAAAUCACCCAAAAACAAACAAACCAACAAAUGUCAUAUCAAAGAUAUUUUGAUAUUAUAUUAUACAUUUAUACAUAUUUUUUGAAUUGAAAAGUGUACCCAAGCAAUGGGAUAUUUUUAUGAAACUCUUAUUAAAUACAGAAAACACAAA